AGUAGUCUGGCAACACAACAGCCAUGUGUUUCAGUUCCACGCUUUGAAGGGCACCAAAAACUUCUCAGAACUGCUCCUGCUAAACAUUGCACAGUGUCAGAGGGAAAAGGGGAGAGAGAGAGAGACAGGCAGAGAGAGAAAGAACAAAAACAAAAAAAACGGGGGUGCAGUUAAAGAAGAAGUAAACUCUGAGAAAGAUGAGACAUCGGAUGGCCCAGAGAUAAGCUGCCUUGUAUAUGGAUUUUUGACAGAAGUUAAUUUGAACAUUUGCAACAACAGUUGGAUAAAGGUCAUUUAAAAGAUGCAGCGUGAAGAUCUGUCUGCCAGAGAAGAGUUCACCUACAGCCGAACCUCCACAUUGGAGAGAGGGAAUGGGACUCUGGGACGGCGAGGCGACCGGAGUCUGGAGAGACGGCCAGAGCGCAUGGAGAGAGAAAGGCCAGAGCGUGACAGCUACACUGUGGACGUGAGAGCCAGUGACCUGCAGCUGGCCCAGCCGGAGGCUCUAAGGCACCCCUGCUUCAGCUACAGGGCCUGGCUCUACAGUGUCCUCAUAGGGGGGAGUCUGCUCAUCACAUCUGGUUUUUCUCUGUACCUGGGAAACCUGUUUCCUGUUGCCAUGGACUACUUACGCUGUGCUGCGGGCUCAGGCAUACCUGCAGCGAUAGCUAGCUUUGCUAUUGCCAAGAAAAGACAUGUUGCGGUGUCAGAUUUCCAGGUUGUCUAUGUGUCAACAUUUGCAGUGACGACCACCUGUCUUGUGUGGUUUGGCUGUAAACUGGUCCUGAAUCCUUCUGCUGUCAAUAUCAACUUCAACCUCAUCUUGAUGAUUGUACUGGAGGUAUUGAUGGCUACCACUGUCAUACUGUCAGCCCGCUCUGCAGACGACUGCUGCUGCCAUAGGAAGUCAUAUAACAGACCCAUGGUCAUAAAACCAGCCGUGUUCCCCACUCGACUCCUCAAAGCAUACUCUGUGAUCGAAGUCAUUGUGGGAAUCUCUGCUGUAUUCGGAGGGAUUAUCGCCCUCAACAUGGACGCUCUGCUUCCUGGCCCAUACCUGUCAGUCACAUUUUUCUGGAUCCUUGUAGCUUGUUUUCCAAGUGCAAUUGCCAGUCAUGUUGUGUCAGAAUACCCCAACAAAUGCUUGGUGGAGGUGCUGAUAGCCAUCAGCAGUGUGACAUCACCCCUCCUCUUUUCUGCCUCUGGUUUCCUUUCUAGCAGUGUGAUCAGUUUUAUAGAAAUUUUCCUCUAUGAUGUGCCUACAGCCAAGCAAUCCUAUGACAUCCUGCUGUUGAUCCUGAUGGUGCUGCUGCUGGUGCAGGCAGUACUUACAUCAGCCACUGUGGUGCACUGUGCAGCAUACAAGAGUCGGCUCCGCAUGGGGGCUCCAGAGUGCGAGGACAGCUUGCAGACCACAACUCAUUUCAAUGAGCAGCAGACGCCUAAUGGGACGCUGCAGGAUUACGAAAAAGACAGAGCCUGGAAGGCAGUCUUGGUCCAAAUGGCCCAGUGAGCAAUAUUGUCUCAAAUA